AUGGCUAUCGAAGGACCCGAGAUUCCCAAGCAGUACCGUGCUUUGGUGUACGAUAGCCCUGGCUCCAUAUCGACCGAGAUUGUGACAUUGGACACGCCGGAACCAGGACCAGGUGAAGUGCUGAUAAAUAUGACGCAUUCCGGUGUCUGUCACUCGGACUUGGCUGUCAUGACCAAUGGCUGGCCAUCACUCCCUGCUCCAACACCCAAGGGCCAGGUUGGCGGUCAUGAGGGUGUAGGCAAGGUUGUGAAAUUGGGACCAGGAGUAGAGUCUACGGGGAUGAAGAUUGGAGAUCGCGUUGGAGUGAAAUGGAUCGCAAGCUGUUGUGGAAGAUGCGAGCCUUGCAUUGUCCGCGAAGACGGUCUCUGCUUCAAUCAGCAGAUCUCCGGCUACUUCACCCCAGGCACCUUUCAACAAUACGUACUCGGGACAGCUGCAUGUGUGACACCUAUACCAGAAGGGCUGGACUCGGCUAUAGCGGCUCCGAUGCUCUGCGCCGGGGUGACGGUAUACUCUGCCCUGCUUCGCAGUCAAGCAAAAGCCGGGAACUGGGUUGUCAUUGCUGGGGCGGGAGGCGGUUUAGGUCAUCUGGCCUGUCAGCUCGGGUCUAGGGCUCUAGGCCUGCGUAUCAUUGGCGUCGAUGACAGUAGCAAGGCUGAUCUCGUGCAUGGUUCGGGCGCGGAGCACUUUGUUGAUGUGAGGGGAUUCUCGAGCGACGAGGAGAUGUCGACCAAGAUCAAGAGUCUGACUGGUGGUCUUGGGGCUCACUCAGUCAUUGUGUGCACGGCAUCACCGAGAGCUUAUGCACAGUCCAUGAGCUUCUUGCGGUUUAAUGGGACUGUGGUCUGCGUUGGGAUGGUCGAGGGCGAGGAAGUGCCGAUCGCGGGAGCCAAGCCAGUGCAGAUGAUUGCAAAGCAGUUAAGGGUUGUGGGUUCUGCAGUUGGGAAUCAGCAGCAUGCUAUUGAAGUCCUAGACUUUGCUGCUCGUGGUAUUAUUAAGCCGCACGUGGAGGUUCGCAAGAUGGAAGACUUGACUGGAGUAUUCCAAGAUAUGAAACAAGGAAAGCUACAUGGAAGGGUUGUCAUUGAUCUCGCUUGA